CAAACCACAGACGAUCAUACAAGCGGGCUAAUAGCCACACCUCUCCUCUCUUCUCUUCUUCCCGCAGCUUCCUUCUGGAAAAUUUCACCGCCUCUGUGCUUUUGAUUUAUCUGUUCGUCUUCCACCUCCGCAAAACCCUAAUUUUCAGAGAAACUCUCUCGACCUUUCGAUUUGGAUCGUCAGAGUGAUGUCAGAGAAGUUCUCCGCCACGCUUCGAAUCGGAGACCUUAACGACUACAUAGCUCCCUCUCAGGCUUGCAUAGUUUCUCUCAAAUCCACCCCUACAAAGCCCUCUGAUAAGUCUCAGGUUGCAACUUCCAGCAAGCAAUUGAAAACAGAACCGGUUAAAAUUUCACUCAAAGAUUGCUUAGCAUGCAGUGGGUGCAUAACAUCGGCCGAGACGGUUAUGCUGGAGAAGCAAAGUUUGGAUGAGUUUCUUUUGAAUGUUGAUAAAGGAAAAGCUGUCAUUGUCUCCCUAUCUCCCCAAUCAAGAGCUUCACUUGCAGUUCAUUUUGGGAUUUCGCAACUUCAGGUCUUUAGGAAAUUGACAACUCUUUUUAAGUCCCUGGGCGUAAAGGCUAUAUUUGACACAAGUUGCAGUAGAGAUCUAAGUCUUAUUGAAUCUUGUAAUGAAUUCAUGACAAGGUACAACCAGUCAACUGAUGAUGAAAGCCGUAAAUCUUUGUUGCCCAUGAUUUCAUCAGCAUGUCCAGGCUGGAUAUGUUAUGCUGAAAAAACACUUGGAUCCUAUGUACUGCCUUAUAUUUCUUCAGUGAAGAGUCCCCAGCAAACAAUUGGAGUUAUUGUUAAAAAGCAUAUAUGCCAAAAAAUGGGUCUUAGGCCAGAUGAUGUUUACCAUGUAACAGUGAUGCCUUGUUAUGAUAAGAAGCUUGAGGCGUCACGCGAUGACUUCGUAUUUGAAGUUGAUGGAGCCAAGAGUAAUGAGGAUGGAAGUCUUAGCGUUUCAGAGGUAGAUUCAGUGUUGACAACUGGGGAAGUUUUAGAUCUGAUACAGUUAAAAGGAGUUGAUUUUGAGGGCUUAGAAGAGUCUCCACUAGAUAGCAUGUUGACAAACUUUAGUGACGGACAUCUUUACGGAGUCCGCGGAAGCUCAGGGGGUUAUGCAGAAACAAUUUUCCGAUAUGCUGCUAAAGUAAUCUUUGGAAGAGAAAUUGAAGGCCCUGUGGACUUCAGAACUAUUAAAAAUUCAGACUUCCAGGAAGUGACUUUAGAGGUGGAAGGAAAGACUGUAUUGAAAUUUGCACUAUGUUAUGGAUUUCGGAACCUGCAAAACGUUGUCAGGAAAAUCAAGAUUGGGAAAUGUGAUUAUCAUUUUCUAGAGAUCAUGGCAUGCCCUUCUGGCUGCUUGAAUGGUGGAGGACAGAUAAAGCCAAAACCUGGGCAAUCUGCAAAGCAGUUGAUUCCAUUAUUACAAGCAGCUUAUGCGGAAAAUAUAUUUGAAAGAUAUUUCUCUAGUCCUAGCACAUUAGUUGGACUAUUGGGACAUUAUACCUGACAGAAAUGUCCAACAAUUAUUCUUUGAGAUAACCAUGUUGAUCCUUGGGCUCUGAAGUUCAAAUAUUUCUUACCAAGGCAGGUAUUGCCUGAGAAGCCUAUAAUGGAUAACCUGCUCAUAUUGUCUUCAACUGGAUCAUUUGUUAUUUGUUAUUUGUUAUUUUUAUUUAUUUUUUCUUGGGGAAGGAUGGGGGUUCAAACUUAGGACGUCAUCCAACACUGUUAAUGUAAAACGCCCAAUGUUUUCACCAGAUGAUUAGAACGCAAAUACUUGCAUAGUUCCACCCUUGUUCUGUCUCAAGAGAGGCAAUCUCCUUGAUUCGGAAAUACAAUAAAGAUAUGUUUGUCCAAUGUGUCUAAGAAAGAGCGAAUGCAUGUUUACAUAGUUCCCACUAGACCCUGGUUUUCCAUGCGGGAUCUUUUUACUGUCAAUCUUUGCAUAUAUUUAUUUAGCUUUCUCUGGUGGUAUUGGAACCUUUUUGGCCUUUGAAUGGUUGUGUU